AUACCCUAUAGCAUUGACUUUUUUUUUGAUUCAUCAUUGAAGGAUCCAGUGUUUUAGUGAGAUACGCCACCGUUGAUGAAAUAUAUAUAACAUAUCGGAGCAUAUCACAUCAAAGAAAGCAAUGGAUCGAGAAGUUGAGGAAAUAUUGCUAUUGGCAAGAUAACGCCAAGGUUCACAAAGUGUGAGCCUUUUGUCUGAAUUAAGAAAUACCAGUGAUUAGUGACUUGAGUGAAGUGUUUGGUUCGUUUUACGCGGUAUAUGACGACAGUCGAUGGAAAACGUAAUUAAGAAAUGAAACGCAAACGAGCGCACCCAUCGGGCGUCGUAUGAUAGCUGCCGCACAGACAUGUACCUCGCAAUCAGAAAGAUGCGUUAUUUCCUCUUUUGUCUCCUUUCUCUAUCCCUUCACAUAAACUUCGCGUUCGUUCUCGACAAACAGAAUCCAUAUUCGCAGUUCAAAAAAUGGAACGCCGGUCUUAAUGGCACAUUGGAGCUUGAAUUUAAAACGGAUCAACCCAACGGUCUACUAUUAUAUACAGAUGACGGGGGCACGUAUGACUUUUUCGAAUUGAAAUUAGUGAAUAGUGCGUUAAGGUUGCGCUACAAUUUGGGUGGUGGUGCGCAAAUUAUAACUGUUGGAAGCAAUUUGAACGAUGGACAUUGGCAUAAAGUUCAGGUUGCUAGACGUGACGAACACACGUCUCUAACAGUGGAUGGAAGCACGCAGAGCAAAACGUCGAGAGGCAAAGAGUUUAUCUUUGGAAAAUUCAAUAGUAACUCCGAUGUCUUCGUUGGUGGUAUACCCGCUUCGUAUAAUGCAAAGCUGACAGCCCUGGCUCUUCCAUCAGUAAUCUUUGAGCCCAAGUUCCGCGGCGCCGUGAGAAACCUGGUCUACUCAGAUAUUCCUGGUCAGCCGCCUAGAAGACAAGAACUUCGACAUUCCAGAGAUCUAAAAUCGUCAAGAAUAAAUGCUAGCGGUGAUGCCUGUGAACGUAGAGAUCCAUGUCAACAUGGAGGGGUUUGCAUUAGCACCGACGAUGGACCAAUUUGCGAGUGUCGUGAUGGGGACUACGAAGGGGCCUUUUGUGAGCGAGAUAAGGCGCCAUCAGAGGCGACAUUCAGGGGAGCUGAGUUCCUCUCAUACGAUCUUACGCAGACUGGAGGUGAACCUAUAGUCAGCACUCAGGAUGCCAUAUCAUUGUAUUUCAAGACACGACAGCCAAACGGACUCCUAUUUUAUACCGGACAUGAAGCAGAUUACCUGAACUUAGCUGUACGCGAUGGAGGCGUGUCUCUCACAAUGGGACUUGGUAACGGCAAACAGGAGAUGCAUAUCAAGCCCUCCAAAACGCGAUUCGAUGACCACCAGUGGCACAAACUUACAGUCAGAAGAAAAAUACAGGAAAUAACGCCUUUUACCAGUUUUUGUCGGGUAUCAGCAGUCGUAGAUGACGUGUACUCUGAGCACGCGCACGUUGCUGGUUCAUUCACGAUGCUGGCCAGCUCUCGGGCGCACGUUGGUGGAUCUCUCAACACUAGAGCUUUGCCAGGUGCAAGAGUCCAUACCAACUUCAUUGGAUGCCUAAAGAAGGUUGAGUUCUCCGCGGACACUCUUCGCUUGAAUCUCAUAGAUCUUGCGCGGACUGGGAGUAAACUCAUCACGGUGACCGGUCGGCUGGAGUACGCCUGCACCGCAACAGACUCCGCAGAUCCUGUUACCUUCUCCACCAAAGAAGCUCAUUUGAUCCUGCCGAAGUGGGAAGCGGUGAAAACUGGCACGAUUUCAUUCAAGUUCCGCACGAACGAACCGAAUGGCUUAAUUCUUUUCAACAUGGGCGCCAAGCCUCCAAGGGUAGGUUGCACGGCUGACCUAUUCGCUGUAGAGAUGUUGAAUGGUUAUAUCUACGUACAUGUAGACUUGGGUUCGGGUGGAGUAAGAGUGCGGGCAUCUCGAAGACGAGUAGAUGACUCUCAUUGGCAUGAAUUUUUACUUAGAAGAACGGGUCGAGACGGAAGAGUCACUGUCGAUGGUGCAAAUGCGGAGUUUAAAACUCCGGGAGAAUCAAAUCAGUUGGAGUUAGAUGGUCCAUUAUUUGUGGGCGGAUUAGGGUCUGAGUACUCAGCCGCCAGAACCCCACCGGCUUUGUGGACUGCCGCGCUAAGACAAGGCUUUGUGGGAUGUAUACGGGAUUUGGUUCUCAAUGGAAAACCGCAGGACUUAACCGCAUAUGCACGGCAGCAGGACUCUGCCUCAGUCCGACCUGCGUGUCAUGUAUUAAUGAAGCAAUGUGUAUCAUCACCAUGCCAACAUGGUGGCAUCUGCUCUGAGGGUUGGAAUCGACCGCUCUGUGACUGCUCCUCCACCAAUUACGGUGGACCAACGUGUGGACGCGAAUCUCCAACAAUAUUUCUCAAUGGUAGCCAGCACAUGACUGCAUCACUGGGUCUAGAACACGUUACUCAAACUGAAGAACUGUUAUUGAGAUUUAAGACUAGUAAGGCCGGUUUGUUGCUGCGGACAGCAUCAGAAAAUUCCGCUGAUCGGAUAGAGCUCGCCGUUGCUGCAGGGCGAGUCAGAGCAAGUGUUAGAUUAGGAGAUAGAGAAAAGAACCUCCUCGCUGGUACAAAUGUGGCGGACUCUUUAUGGCAUACGGUGCGCUUCUCUCGACGGGCAUCGAACUUAAAGCUGCAGGUAGACGGCGGACAGCCAGUGCGCGGUACGUUAUCCGAGACUAUUCUAGGGAAAGCUUCAACAUUAGAAAUAUCAUCGUUACAUCUCGGAGGACUUUUUCAUCCCGAAGAGGAAAUUCAAAUGACAUCUACUCUACCAAAUUUCGUAGGAUACCUUCAAAACUUUAUCUUCAAUGGUAUAAAGUAUAUCGAUCUUGCUAAAACCUUGGGUAUCGGAACACACGAAGACAACAAUAACCUUUACGAUACAUCAAAUAUUAUAUUCAAUGGAAAAUUUACAAAACCAGACUCACUCAAUGUCUAUAAGGCUGUGACAUUUAAAUCUAAACAUACGUACGCAGGAUUGCCGUUAUUAAAGGCAUAUGCAAACACGUAUGUGGACUUUUACUUCCGGACUACAGAAAUGGAUGGACUUUUAUUCUACAAUGGUGGUAAAAAGCAAGAUUUUAUCGCCGUGGAGUUAGUAAAUGGGCACAUUCAUUGUGUGUUUAAUCUGGGCGAUGGAGUAGUUACUAUGAAGGAUAAAUUAAAGAAUUUUUUGAACGAUAAUAGAUGGCAUGCGGUGUCGAUUAGACGGCCAACGCCGAAAGUUCAUACGUUGCAAGUUGAUGAUGAUUUAGAGUUGCACACGACAAGUUCUAAUCUAAUGCUGGAAUUAGAUAGUGUUCUAUACGUGGGCGGAGUGCCAAAAGAUAUGUACACAUUGCUUCCUGUUGGCGUAUUAUCAAGACAGGGUUUUGAAGGCUGCAUGUCCAGUUUGGACUUGCCAGGAGAGUCACCAUCUUUACUGGAUGAUGUGGUUGUCCCGAGUUCGUCAUUGGUAUCUGGUUGUGAAGGCCCUACUAAGUGCACUCACAACGCUUGCGCGAACAAGGGUGUAUGUGUGCAGCAGUGGAACACUUAUGUAUGUGAUUGUGACCUUACUUCCUUUACUGGUCCCACCUGUUAUGACGAAUCUAUAGCAUAUGAAUUUGGUCCCGGUCGUGGAAUCAUCACAUACUCAUUUUCACCAAGUGCAGUGACAGACACGGAAACGGACAAAGUGGCUGUUGGUUUUGUGACCAGCAAAGCUGAUGCAGUUAUACUGAGAAUUGAAUCAUCUAAUACACAGGACUAUAUGCAAAUGGAGAUUAUUCGUGGAAACUUGUUUUUCGUGUAUAAUGUGGGUGAUGGCGAACAUCCCGUAGGAGACGAAGCAGCUAGAGUAGAUGACGGAGCCUAUCACGUCGCCAGUUUUACAAGAAAUGGAAGCCGCGCUGCUCUACAACUUGAUAACUACGCCGUCAAUUUGAGACACCCACAAGGUGGGCAACAAUCGACAGUCUUCAACAGUAUGUCCAAAAUAAUAGUUGGUGGAGGUUCAGGUGGUGCCAGGUCAUUCAAUGGUGUUCUCGCUGGUUUAGUGGCUGGGAAGGUCCGGGUUCUUGAUCUGGCUGCUGCUGGGGAUCCGGCUGUUACAGUACGAGGUGAUGCUAGAAGAGCUCAGACCCCACUCGAUAGAGAUAUCAAUAGAAUGCAACAGACACCUCCAUCAGGAUAUGCGGGCCCUGGAGUACUCGAUGAACUUGUGUAUUCAGGCGCCGGGUCAGGGUGUCGUGAUGAUGACGAAGACGCUUGUGUGCUGCCAGACGCUGGCUCGGGUGAUGACCUUAUCACGCCCGUUUACGUACCGUCUACGAGGCGACCGCCUGCCAUGCGCAAGGGUAAUUUAAGUGGUAAAUUAAUGAAGCCUUGUGACGAUGAAGAUUGCAUUGAAGGUUCAGGAUCUAACGGAGAAGAGAUAACGGAACCAGAACACCCAAUUACCACCGGUGGUGUAAGUAGCACUGCCAGUAUGACUUCACCUACUACAUCUAUAGCCACAGAUCACGUGGAAAAGGCUAUCUCAGGGUUCACAGAGGGAGGGACAGAGAGUGCCGGAACUACUAAAAGCGACCGCACCACAUUACCAGAUCACGAUAAUAUGCAUGCGGGCACCGUGGAUACCGCUAGUACUCCAGAGAAGGGCACUACUCCUACAGAAGAGGACACGCAUACAAGCAAUCAGUUUACACCGACAGUAACGCGACACACAGAGCCUGCGCAAACAACUGAGGAAGAGAUCCCAGACUAUGAAGAUCACACGCACACCAAGAUGGCAACUCGCUCACCUUAUGGCAUAGAUGAAGUGGUGCCUGGUAGCUACCCGGGAUAUAAUGGCCACGAACCUGAAAUAACAACCAAAUGGUAUCAUCCUAAAUCGACUGAUAACAGAGUGGUACCACCAGAAUCUGAAUUCUUCGCAACUAUUGUUGGUAUCGUUGCGUCGGUGCUUAUAGCAAUAAUUAUUAUAGUGAUAAUAGUGCUGAAGCUGAUGUUCAAGUUGGACCCUUCGUAUAAGGUAACGGAAGACAAGAGUUACCAGCAGAGUGCAAGCGCGGCAUUGCUUGCGAAUCAGGCUCAUUCAAGUUAUCAAACCGGUUCAAAUGUACAGACAGGUGGCGCUGUUCGAAACUUGCAGCCAUUGCCUCUCAAUAGGAACGGAGCAUCGCCCCUCGCACCGAUGCCUCAGCCGGUUAAGCGCGAUGGUAUCAAAGAAUGGUACGUGUAAACGCGCUGCAUAGUACAUUAGUUAAUGUAACGAAUACAUUUAUAGGCAGCAGGGUUAUUUUUUUACGUAAUACAGAUUUCAACAAAACUCUACUAUCAAAUGAUUCAUUUUAAAAUUAAUUUGUAAUAUAUGAUACACAUACAUUUUACAGUGUUAGUACGAGAUACUUUUCCUCGCUAACUCGAGUCUUUCAAGAAUCCUAACAAACGUUAAAAUAUAUAAUUAACGAUAAGUCAUCAAUUAAUAAAACAUUCAACAAUUUGUUUCACAUUUUAAUAAUUCCAGAGCUUAAUCAAUAACUGUUGCUUAUAAAUGAAACGUGUACUCUGCAGUGCUAAGGCCAUUAAAGACAUACGUAGAUCAUUUUCUCAGAUACCUUGGUUUAUAAAAAAGGAAUAAAUAGAACAUUUAAACGUCAUUUCACUCCUGGUAUCUGCAAAUAUGAUCGCUCGACUUAGCUCGUUAGAUUCGCGUGUCCAUACAAUCCUUAACGGACAUAUCAGAUAGUUAAUUUUAUAUACCAUAGUCAAUAUACCCGUAGUCGCUUUUUAGCUGGUUGUAUUUUGUCUCUAUUUGUGAAAUAAAUGUGUUAAAUCAUCGUUUGAUCAGAUUUUCAUUUGUAACAUCCUCAAAUAGAGACAUCUUUGUAAAGUAUGAAUGGCAUAUACAGUUUGCGUUGCGUAAGUUUACUGUGAACUAUCGACUGAUUCGCAAGUGUUAGUGUAAAUAAUGUUAUUGUUAGUCAUUCGUGCGAUUGAACUUAAGCCAGAUAGUUUGAUAGAAUAUGGAAUUGCUUUUAUUAAAUGGAGUCUUGUCUUGUAGGACAUUUUUGCAAAUUGUUUAUAAAAUGUAAUUAUAGACUCCAAUUCUGUUCAGGUUUCCUACUAACUAAAUAACCAACCAAGCUUUUUAUUUUGGCUUUAACAAAUUCCGGUUUUUGUUACUGUUUACCUUUACCAUAUAAAAAUAAGACAAUAUUGUUAAUAUUAGAGCUGCCAACACUGAAAAUAAAGCAUAUCGUUAAACUGAAGACUACGGUAAUAUUACGAUUUUCUCUUUCCUAUAUUUAGUAAAUCUUUUACAAAUAUUUUAAGACGACACAUAAAUAUGUGUAAGUUAUUAAGGGUGGACAUUUGGCCCAAAUAACUUGAACUUUAGCGUUCUAGUUAUUUGGGCCAAAUUUGUCAAAGUUGAUGGAAAAUAUACGGUUAUCGUUUUUAAUAGAAUGACUUUAAUUUAUAUUUGACCAUAGGAGCGGCCAUAAUCAGAGUUAUUGAUUAAAUUGUAUUUAAUGGCGGAUUGAAAACUAUUAUUACAUAUUAUCAAAUUCAAAGCUUCAUUUACAUCUGCUAAAGAACGACUCUUUCAAUAAUUAAGAGGCAUAUAUGAUUUCUCUUAAGAUUUCUCUAAUAAAUCAGUUUUUAGUUACAUGCUUUAGAAAAGUGACGAGUCUUAGGAAAUCAUAAAUAAUAUUUUAGUUGAAAUUCUAUCGGAGACCUAAUUUAAAUUACACAAGCCACAAAAAGUUACAACAAUCUAAAAUAAAUGAAGUGUCGAGUCUUACAUAACUUUAAAUAUUUUAACUUUAUUCAUUAUUAUAACGUGUUACAGUAAUAAUACUUGUGACAUGAUAGAAUGUGACGCUGUCGAAGAUAUUUAAGUAUAUAGAGCGGGCGUUAGUAAUUUGGUUUAGUUAUAAUAAACACAAAAAAUGUUGUUCUUGGUAAAGUCGGUUCACGGACGAUAAUUUUACGUGAUAACGUCAUAAGAAAACUUUGAUGAAUGAUUACAUACAUUUAUGAAUUGAAUUGAAUUAUUAUCAUUAUUUUGUAUAAGUUGACAUAUAUUUGCAUUCGUAAAUUUUACUUCAAUUAUACAAAUUAAUCACAAGUAACAAUGUACUAUUAAAAACUUAAGAUAAAUGCGUCACAAGCCAAACGCUUGACUUGUUCCGCUCUCGCUUGCAUGCUCGGCUCAGGCGGAACGUGACAAUGAGUCAUGUUACGCUCAGCUCAGGCGGAACGUGACAAGGAAUCGUGUUUUUUUGUGCGUGCAGCCGGCAUUCAUCGAUUUAUAAGUCGUUAUCAUGUUACCAAUAUUUAUUUUCCAAUUUGACAAUGAACGAAUUAUUUUAACUUUUGGGAUUUAUGGUUCAAUGUUAAAUCACCGCUCUAUUCUUAUAUUUAUAUUUGUCUAAAUUGCAUCCUAUAUAAAUAGGUAAAUAAGCUUAAAUUUAAAUGGCAAUACAUUGGUGACUACUAACUAGGUGAGAAUAUAAUAUUCGAUGCAAGAUCACAGCGAACGGAACGCACAUUCGUUUCGUUUUUUGUUUUAUAUUCUCACGCUCCGGUAAACGUACUUGUAGGUAAUGUUUAGGAUUGAAUGAUGAAUACAUUUCUAAUUAUGAUAAGUUUGUGGUUUUGAAAUGGUCAAAAUUAAACAUGUUUCGAUACCUUUUCCUCUAGCUUCUGUGUGCAAUUCUUAAACCUUUAAUAUUAAUGCUUAAAAGUUAAUAUUCCAUCUACCGUCCCGUUUCCUCUUUCCAAAACUCAAUUAGCUUUAAACGAAUGUCAUAUUUAUAUAGAAUGUUAUAAAGCACAGGUUCUAGGUUCUAUUGUAUAUAGUUAAUAUAAGAUAUAAUUACUGUAUUGCCACACUCGUUUUACGGCACAAACUUAGAAAAAAUUAUUUCCCUGUCAAUUUUAGUGUUUAAUGUGUUAGAAAUUUGUAUCGAAUUUAAUUGUUUAAAUGUAGAUUAUGAUUUGUCUGGAAGGAAAUUUAAUUGACGUUUAUCAAAUAAGUCUGCUUCUAAUAUAAAUAAAAUAUGUGUUCCAAGUUAUUGUACAGUUUAUAGACGACUUCGGUCGGACCAAGUUUUGUUCUACAUAAAUGCGAUCAAUACAAUGUAAUUUACAUCA